AUGCUAACGAAACUAUUUGACGUGGAAAAUGUUCAUCUUAUUGCUGAUGAAGACAGUCACGAGGACAAUAUAUCAUCUUCACUGUACCGUUUGGAGGAUCCACGUGGCUUGCGGUAUGGUAAAUCACCGCACUGUUCGCCGCGCGGUUCCUUGUCUACUGAAAUUGCUCAAAGACUAUUGAGGCGAACUGAUUUCCGGGAAAGGAGUAUUAGCGAUGACACUCAGAGUGAGAGCGGAAGCCCUGAACCGUGUUUUCUUCAUCCUGACCACGCCUGGCAAGCCAAUUCAAGAAGGGGAUCAAGCCAGUCUGAACAGCUCGAAGUUGAGCCUUAUGAACUCAGUAAAGAUUACAGUAGGUCACUUCCAGGUAGCCGAAGAAGCAGUUUCCAGAGUCAAGGAGGGACUGACAGCAAACGUGGCAGCACUGGCGAAGCUGACGUUCCAGUCGCCGUUUACAAUCGGGACCGCCGACGCAGUUCAUGCGCAAGGGUGAUGCGAGAUCCUGAUGAGGUAUUGAGAUCUUUAAAAGCUGUUAAAGGAGAGCUGGGUCGAACCAUGAGUCUGUCGUCGGAGAAAAGGCGAGGCAGUCUUUACAGGGUGGAUAUGUGUGCGUGAGACAGAGGAC